AUGCCCGCCUCACCACCAGAAAAAUUAGAUCCUGUCGCCAUGGACCUGGCCAGUAUCGAUCUAAGCUCUCCCUUCUCCCCGGUCUUCCACAAAUUCAAGGACCUCCCUGCUGAGCUGCGCACCCGUAUCUGGCGCCUGGCGGCUCCCAGAGCAACUGUUGUCGAGCGCGCCAUGAACAACACCACAAUGUCUUACACUCUCCGCCGCCACGCACCCAUCCCCGCCGUACUCCACGCCUGUCGCGAGUCUAGGCUUGAAUUGCUCUAUGAGAGUGAAAGUCGUCGCGGUGCGAAGGAUGGUCAGUUCGAAACCAUGUACCUGUCUAAAGCGGACAAGGAUGCCGGCAAGGGCAUGUUUGUGAACCCCGAGAGUGAUACUCUCUUGCUCUACAGAGCUCCCCACAAAGCAAUCAUGCCCGACGCCGCCAACUUCGCCAACCUUCAAAACCUCGCCAUGGAGUGGGGUCUGAGGCCCUGCUGGGUUCAAGGACACUGCCACAUGGGCGUUAAGUUCAUUCAGCAGUUCUCUACCCUCAAAACUCUCACCCUUCUCGUCAGCUUCAAGGUGUACAGUGCUCUGCCGGAAGAGGACCCAAGCGCCAAGAAGCGCGAACGAAUCCAGCGGCAACGUGCUCUUCAUGAGAUCAAGGGCUGGGUCACCGAGGCCAUCGACGCCGCCAGAGAGCUAAAGCCCGAGUGGAACCCUCCGGAGGUCAGAGUCGUGCAGAGAACAAAGUAUUGGAGUGGCGCCGCAUCCGCCAUCGAUCUGAAGAAGAUGGGUUAG